AUGCGCGCCGAAAGGUGAGUCCGCUUGUUGUGUUGUGCUUGUUUUGCGGUGCGUGUGCGUACCACGUGUCGGUUGUUUGCGGGGGUGUUCGAAAAAUAUAAAUCAGUGAUGUUUGAAAAGUAGUGUGUUGCACUCAUCUGCAGACCUCGUUGUGUACAUUUAAAGUUAAUUUUGUAAACGUUAUUAAUUUGUAAUCCUAAUAGAAUUAUGAAGAAACUUGUAGUAUUCUGUGUGUUGGUGUGUGUUUCCUUGCCUCCCAUUGCAAAUGGUGCUUCAGAUCACAACAGUAUCAACAAGAAAGACACGGGCGGAAGUAACAACGGGAACGGCGUGGGUCUGUUCCCGAGCGUGUUCAACCUGGCGACCCGCGCCGCCAUCACGGUGAACGCGACAUGCGGCCUGAUGGGGCCCGAGGUGUACUGCAAGCUGGUGGAGCACGUGCAGAUGAGGGCCCCACAGUGCGGGGUCUGUGACGCGAACGCCCCCGAUCCCGACAAGAGGCACCCCAUCACGCACGCCAUCGACGGCACACCACGCUGGUGGCAGAGCCCCAGUCUGCAGAAAGGGCCACAGUACGAGUGGGUCACCGUAACACUGGAUCUGAAACAGGUCUAUCAAGUGGCAUACGUCAUAGUGAAGUCUGCAAUUUCUCCAAGACCUGCGAAUUGGAUCUUGGAGCGUUCAGUAGAUGGCAGCACGUACCGACCAUGGCAGUAUUACGCUCACAGUGACGAUGAGUGCUGGGCGCGGUAUGGAAUUGAACCCACAAGAGGCAAGCCCUCGUACAAAACUGAUUCAGACAUCAUUUGCACAUCCUACUACUCGAAACUGAACCCACUCGAAGGAGGAGAGAUCCAUACAUCGCUGGUUGUUGGUCGCCCUGGAGCAAACGAGUCAAGCACUGAGUUACUGGAGUUCACACUGGCUCGCUACGUACGUCUGCGUCUCCAGAAAAUACGCACAUUGAACGCAGAGUUUAUGUCAUUGUCACCGGGCCUCGAUGACGCCUCAGUCACCAGGCGUCUCUUCUACUCCAUCAAAGAUAUCAGCAUUGGUGGCCAGUGUGUUUGUUCAGGUCAUGCAAGCAAGUGUGUGCAGAAUGGCAAGUUUGGAAGGCCAGAGUGUGAAUGCCAACAUAAUACUUGUGGUGCCAACUGUGACCACUGUUGUCCACUGUACAAUCAGCUUCCAUGGCGUGCUGGUACUCCAUCUGAUGGAGCACAGUGUGAACCGUGUCAGUGCUUUGGACAUGCCACCAGCUGCCGUUAUGAUGCUGCUGUAGCGGCUGCUCGCCUGAGUCAAGAUCUAUAUGGCGAGUAUCGUGGUGGAGGUGUCUGCAUAAACUGCACUGCACACACAACAGGCAAAAACUGUGAGCGGUGUGAAGAUGGAUGGUAUCGACCGGUGGGUGUAUCCCCACUUGAUCCAGAGCCUUGCCGACCCUGUAAUUGUGACAACAAGCCUGGUACUACAGGGCGAUGUGCCCAGGACAAUGAUCCUGCAGCCAAGGCAGCUGGAACUUGUGAAUGUCACGUGGGAUUUGGGGGUCUACAGUGUGACAGGUGUGCCCCAGGUUUUCGAGAUUAUCCCAACUGCACGCCGUGUUCGUGUGAUGUCCGAGGAAUCAACGCUACGAUCGACUGCGAAACAAGUUGCACAUGUAAGGAGAAUGUGGAAGGUGAAAGAUGUGAUCGCUGCAAGUCAGGCUACUUUGCUCUGAACAUAAACAACCCUGGUGGAUGCAUGCAGUGUUACUGUUCUGGUGUGAGCAGCAUUUGUCAUUCCAGUACAGACCUGCGUCUUGAGACUUUUUCAACAUUAUCAGGGUGGUUGGUGAGUGACCUGGCAGUAAGCAGAACUGUUCUUCCAUCUCUGGACACAGAAACAAAACAGUUGUCUGUCGGUAACUAUGAGUUGCCAGGUGUGGAGAGCUAUUUUUGGCUGGCACCAGAAAAUUACCAUGGCAACCUCUUGGCUAGCUAUGGAUCCAAUGUGAGCUUCAGUGUGAGUUGGGUUGUAAUGCGUGGAGACACGAGUGGAAGGCCAACAGUUGGACCCAAUAUUGUUCUUAUUGGCAGCAAUGGAUUGCGGCUUGGUGCAGGAAAUCACGCGUAUAAGUCUCCUAAUGCUACACUCACCAUUCCUCUUCAUGAGGAUGCCUGGUACCAUAUACCAAAUUAUGUUAGAGAUAUCACUGGACAUGAUUAUAAUGGUGAACCAGCUAGCAGAGAUGAUCUGAUGAGCAUACUUACUCAUGUCAAACACCUGCUACUCAGGGCAAAGUUUCAUACUGACCAAGUUGAGGGGAGCCUAAUAGACGCUGAGGUACAGACAGCAAUAGCUGGAGGGACGGGGUCUGCGGCGCACUUGGUUGAACACUGUGACUGUCCACCUGGCUACACAGGGCUGUCCUGUGAGGAGUGUGGGUAUGGCUAUGUUCGUGUAUGGUCCAGUCUAGGUGAAGGAGAAUGCAGACUGUGUGACUGCAAUGGGCAUGCAGCAACAUGUGAUCCUGUCACAGGAAAAUGUGCUGUUUGUGAGCAUAAUACAAAUGGCACCAAAUGUGAUUACUGUAUAGCCGGUUACUAUGGAGAUGCAACGCAAGGUACUCCGUCAGACUGUCAGCAGUGCGCCUGCCCUUUGGUGGAGGCUAGUAACAACUUCAGUCCAAAUUGUGAGCUAAAGUUACCAGACAGGGGAACUACUGACCAUAUCUGUACAGACUGCCCACAGGGAUAUGAUGGAGACCACUGUGAAAGAUGUAGCAGUGGAUUCUAUGGCUCACCUGCAGAACCAGGUUCCACUUGCAAGCGUUGUGACUGUGGAGGCGGACCAUGCGAUGAACGUACUGGUCAGUGCUUGCGGUGUCGUGGUAAUACUCAGGGUUGGAGAUGUGAGCAGUGUAUUCCAAACCAUUAUGGCAAUCCUUCACAAGCUGACUGCAAACCAUGUGCCUGCAAUGAAUUGGGCUCUGAGCAGAACGGUGGGUGCGAUUCUAAGACUGGACAGUGCAAGUGUAGAGAGAGAUACACUGGACGAGCAUGUGACAGCUGCCAGCCUGGUUUUGGCAAUGUAACAGCUGGUUGUGUGGUAUGUUCAUGUGAUUCUGUGGGAUCCUUAUCAGAAGAAUGUGACCCUAUCUCUGGGAAAUGCAACUGUCAGACUGGGGUUGGAGGUCCGAGGUGUAAUAGAUGUGAAAAGCUGCACUUUGGAUUUUCGUCAUCAGGUUGUCAGAGUUGUGGAUGCCAUGUGGCCGGCUCUGAAGGACCUGCAUGCGACAUAGUGACUGGACAGUGUCCCUGCAGGACUCAUGUCACAGGCAGGACCUGUGACAACUGCCAGGAUGGCUUUUGGGGUCUCAAUACCAGCCGAGGCUGUGUGCCAUGUGAGUGCGACAGUGUGGGUUCAGCGAGUUCAUUGUGUGACGUCCGAACUGGUCAGUGCCAUUGCAGGUCUGGAGUAGGAGGGCUCAAGUGUGACCAGUGUCACCCUGGAUUUUUUGGAUUCUCAGCUGCUGGAUGCUCAGAGUGUGAGCGAUGUGACAUAGUGGGUCAUGUUUGUGACCCAGACACAGGGCGCUGUAUGUGUCCACCCCUCACCACUGGUCCCACAUGUGAUCACUGUCAGUCUGGUGCCUGGGGAUAUGAGCCUGGUAAAGGAUGCAAGCCUUGUGGAUGUGAUACAUCUGGCUCUGUGAGGGUGCAAUGUGAUGUGCAUACAGGUCGCUGCACGUGCCGAGAAGGUUUCCUGGGUGAUCGCUGCACUUCUUGCUCUCCAGGAUAUCAUGGUUUUCCUCGGUGCCAACGCUGUGACUGUCAUUUGGCAGGAACUGUAGAAGCACAGUGUGAUGUCACUAAGGAUUAUUGUGUGUGUGAUAAUUCAGGACAGUGUCCAUGCAAGGCAAAUGUAUCAGGCAAGAAGUGUAAUCAUUGUAAGCCUGGAACCUUUGGUUUACAAGCAGACAAUCCUGAUGGCUGCACACAGUGUUUCUGUUUUGGGCGUACAACAGCUUGCACUCAAGCUGGCCUCACAGUAAGCCAGAUAAUGAUGGCUCCUGCUGUGCGCACGCUAGCAGUGGAGUAUGAUUCAAAUACACCACAAUUCCAGUCCAGUGCUAGUGUUUACCCAGUCAAUAUCCAACAGAUAUGCUAUGUCAACCUAGCGAUGCCUGGCACAGGUGAAGUGAGUCUGGCUGGACCUAAUGAACACCUCAACAUCACGAACAACUUACAAGUUAUCCCCGGUGACAUUGGAGAUGUUCAGCUUGGAGUCACUUAUCCAUUUGAUACGCCAGUGUACUGGCAACUCCCCAAGCAGUUCCUUGGAGAUAGGGUAUUGUCAUAUGGUGGCUACCUAAGAUUCAGAGUGGAGACUGAAGGGGGCCAUACAUUGCUCCCUGUUAGUAUUCUGGCCACAUAUCCUCUUGUGCAGCUGCAAGGCAAUGGGCAACUUGUUUUAGAGCAUUAUCCUCUCAUUCCCAGCUCUGCAGGUCAUUACCAAGUCAGAUUACAUGAAUCUCUCUGGCGCCAGAAAAGUCCUACUGUACCUGGUAGUGGUGACAAAGUGACACGAGAAAUGUUGAUGGUGGCACUGCAGAAUGUACAACACAUCUUAAUUCGGGCUUCCGAUUCUGUUGACUUUACAAGGGCAGUAUUGCGUGAUGUGUCGCUAGACACAGGAAUACUGGCUCCUGGUAGGCCACCACCCCUUGCUCGAGGUGUUGAGUUAUGUGACUGCCCUCCCCAGUACAAUUCCAGCUCUUGCCAAGAUCCAAGCAUUGGUUUCUACCGCUGGUAUGACAAUAAUUCUAUCAGCUCAACUAUUGUGAUUCAGCUGGUUGGUGAAGCAAGACCUUGUCAAUGCAAUCAGCGUUCCAGAGUGUGUAACAUUGAGACUGGAUAUUGUCUGAAUUGUGCAGGCAAUACAGGUGGGCCCCAUUGUGAGAGGUGUGGGGAGGGCUACUAUGGAGACCCUGCACGAGGGCCUUGUAAACCAUGUCCUUGUCCUACAACAGAGCGUAACUUUGCACGCAGCUGCCGUGUGUCAUCAAAGGGCCAUGUUAAUUGUCAGUGCAAAGAGGGUUAUACUGGCAAAAGAUGUGACAGGUGCAGCUAUGGGUGGUUUGGUUUCCCACAGCUUGAGGGUGGAUCUUGCAAACCUUGUAACUGUAACCAUCAUGGCAGUGUGAGUGAUGAGUGUCAUGAAGAGACUGGACAGUGCAACUGUCGUCCUGGAAUUAUAGGCAGGGACUGUAGUGAGUGUAGCACAGAUCGUUUCAUCCUCACACAGCAUGGCUGUACAACAUGUGAUGAUGGUUGCACUGGUGUCCUUCUGGAUGAGCUUGCUCUCUUAGAUAAACAGCUGCAGGAAGGGGCUGGUCAUUUGUUUGGAGGGAUUAUACCUCCUCCUUGGCCACAGUUGCAAGCAAUGAACAACACAGCAAUUGAACUUAAAAACUGGCUUGAUAUAGCUGAAAGAGUAGCACUGAUACCUGAUGAUAUUAGUGAUAAAUUAAAGUGGCAAGCUCAACAGUUGCUGGACAAGUCGCGUCGACUGGAAGGUCGUGGUAAACAAGUGGAGCAAGAUGGUUGGUCCAUUCAAGAAAAGGCUGACACACUCAGUAGGGAGAUAUCGGCACUACGUGAAGAAAUUGAUGAUGUUGUGAUGAGACUUACAAAUUAUGGACAGGCAGGCCCCGCAGGGAUAGUGAGUGUUGGUCAAGCAUUACGUGAAGCUAUUCAUCUCCUGCAUAAAAUAAAAGAAAGGAAUUUACAUCUGCGUAACAAGGCUGCAAACCAUUCACUUAAGUUAUGUACAGAUUUACUGAACCGAAUACAGAAUCUGCUACAUGGGCUGGUCAAGUAUGAAGGACUACAAAAGCGGCUAAGCAUCUUAGAUGAUCAAUUAAGUGACCUAAAUGAUGUAAUUUCCAAGAGUGUUAAUAAACAGAAUAAGACCUCUGAGAUGUCUUCCAGAAAUGAGAAUGGGCUGAAUGUAGUGAGAAACUAUCUGAAGAGAAUAGAAGCUAUGGAGUCAGAACAAAGAGCUGUAUAUGCAGAAGGAGAGAAUUUCAACAAAGAAUCAAGGCAGCUACUUAAUAUGUCACUCAACAACAUUCAAAAUUUUGAAGCAAUGGCAAAGAAUUUGACAGAUUUAAUCUCAGAACUGGAGAAGAGGGAAGGAAUCCUAGACCACCUGAACCCUAUUUACAGGGAGAAGUAUGUGCUGAGGGCUCAGAUGCAUGCCAACAAGCUUUACAACAGGGUGCAGCAUUACAGAGAUUUGUUCAAUGCUACCCAACGUGAUGCAGAUUUUGCUCUGCGAGCAAGCAAAGCAUAUCAAGAAAUUGUAGAUGCUCUAAAGGGUGCCAGAAAUGCUGCUGUCAAUGCUUCCAGUGCAGCUGACAUAGCAUACAGAAAGGCACAUCCAAGUGUAGUUCAGGACUCGCUGGUUGAUCGGGCAAGCAUUAUAUUGACUAAUUCUACAAGGCUGUUGAGUCAUGCAGAACAGAAGGCUGAUCAUGUAGAAGAGUUGAAGAUGAAUUUGGAGGAACAUAAAGAGGAAGUGAAGAAUGUUAGAGAUACCCUGGCUAAAGCUGCAAAAGCUGACAAUAAUAUUUCUCAUCAGUUGCAGAAAUUGGAUAACAAAGAGGCACAAUUAGCAAUACAGAAUGUACUUCAAAAGGCUGAGAAGAUCAGUGAUUCUAUGGAUGAAGUUCAGGUGAAAGCUGAUAUGAUCAGCAGCAAUGUGAAGAAUGAACUACGCCCUCGUCUAGAACAACUGAGCUCAGAUUUCCAAGUGAAUGCUGUCAUAAAUCACAUAACAUCAUCACAGGAAAAUAUUCAGAAGUCUGAGGCUCUUCUGUCUAGACUGUCAGAAGACGCUGUUGAGAGGAAUCGUAAAUUCCAGCAGUGGAAUGAUACUAUGGCAGCACGUCUACAGGAACUGCGCAAUAAAAUUACUCAAGCACGUCAUGCUGCUAAUGGAAUACAUCUGUCUAUAACAAGUCGUGUGAAUGUGAGUGAAGGCUGUGUACGAUCAUUUCGUCCAAGCAACCUGGAGCCCAGCACUACAACAUUGCUUGUCAUAGAUUAUGCACUGGACAGUGGUGCAAACCAGAAAGAUGCAUUAAUUCUGUAUCUUCCCAGCAGCACCACUGAAGACUUCAUUGCAGUGGAAAUGGUUGCUCAGCACGUUCGCUUUUUAUGGGAUGUUGGGGGUGGCGCAGGAGAAGUACAACACCCCCUUAAACUUGAGCCUGGAAAGUCAGCUGAGGAAAGAAACUGGUAUAAUAUUCAGAUAGACAGGAAAAGCAACAUAGCAAAACUUUCAGUCAAACCACAUGUCCUGCCCGAGGGCUCUUCUCUUGAAAGUGGUACUCCAGUGAAAAAUUCUUCCACAGCUGGUUUUGGCAGAUUAGAUGUGGGACCUGGAGAUGUAUUGUGGAUAGGAGGAUUGCCCCCAGUAUCAACACCUGGACCACCACUUUUGAAGACCAAAAGUAUGGGGCUUGCAGGAUGUUUGCAAAGAGUGGUGUUAGAUGGACAUGUGAUUGGACUGUGGAACUUUGCUUCCCAGGGUUUUGCUGGAUGUGCUGCCUGCAUACAGAGUGGAGAGCAGACUAAAGAUGAAUUAACAUUUCGAUUCAAUGGUGAAGGCUAUGCAGUACUGCAUCGCCCCAGCUCUGGUCCCUACAACAAAUAUGCCUUCAGCGUCUCUCUUAAAUUCCGAACUCUGGAUGAAAAUGCCCUUCUCUUCCUUGCUGUGAAUCCAAAUGUCACUGACAGGUAUGUGUCGCUGACACUGCGCAAUGGUAAAGUACUUUUCCGAGUGGGGUACGGUGGAGAAACUCGCCUGGAGAUGGCAUCACAAGACAGACACAAUACAGGCAAUUGGACUAUUGUGGAAGCAAGUCGGUUGUUUGAUCGCAGGAAGAAACUUGAGAAAGGCAUACUGAAGGUAGAAGGCGAGGCUCGAGAUGGUGCCCCCACAUCUCCUCCUGGUCAGGAAGCUUUGCCUGAUCUGUCAGAUGCCCUGUAUUUUGUUGGAGGAGUUCCUCCAGGCUCACUUGGAACAGGCUCAAAUAAAUUAGACCUGCCUGGCUCAUUUCUUGGCUGCCUGGCAGAAAUCCAGGUAGUGCAAGAUGGUUAUAGUCCUUUGCGUGGACAGUUCUAUGGUGUGGAGGCAGGUUGUGCAGAUUCUACGCUGGACACAGCAAGUUUCCAUGGCAGAGGUCACCUGCAGCUGCCAUCACAUUCUCUUGAUCGACGUAAUGCAUCUUUUGGAUUUGUUUUCAGAACACUGCAACCUAAUGCUCUUCUCAUGGUAACAGCAUUCAGGGAUGGAGAACCAGGUCAAAGUUUCUACUCUGUUUCUUUGGUAGAUGGAACACUUAACGUGCAGUUAAAUGCUGGACGUGGUGGUGUUACCUUGUCUCCUAAGAAGCAUUUUAAUGAUGGGAAGUUCCAUUCACUAUCAGUGACAAAAACAGGUCGUCGACUUGAGCUAAGAAUUGACGAUGAACUUCAGGACACUGUGACCUUACCAAAGGGAGCCACUGUUGUACGUGCACCAGGUCCUUCAGGUGGACUGUAUUUUGGAGGAGUUCCAUCCAAUUUCACCAGCACUGCCCUCAAAGCAUCACCAGUCCCACUUAUUGGAACUAUAAAAGAUGUAAUAUUCAAUGACCAACUGCUCCAGCUGGAUCACCCAAUAUCAUUUGAACAUGUGGGAAUAGGACGACUGGACGCAAUUAGCAUUGUAGAAAGCUACCCCCUAGGCAGUCCAUCACCCUCAGUUCUACUAUCACCACGAAGAGGGGAAGGAGGGAAUGGUCCAGUGGAAGAGUGUCACAAGGGACCAAGUUAUUCCUUAGAGCCUGGAGCUGCCAAAUUUGGAGAUUCCCCUCACAGUCACGUUCAGAUUCGUCAACGUAAAAGUGUGCUUCAGGCUGGAGAUUUCACUGUUGAAUUGGAUUUUCGGACCCUGUACCCAAAUGGCCUCCUCUUCUUAUUACCGGGCGGGAAAGGAAAGAAGCUGCAUUAUAUAUUGUUGCAACUCCGAAACAAGCGACUCCAUCUGCUUAUAGUUAAAGGGGAGCCUAAACUAGAUAUUCAAGACACUCAGGACUUAAAUGAUGGUUUGUGGCAUCGUGUUGUGUUGAAUCGGGAAGGAAACAGGAUUAUGAUGAUUGUUGACUCAAAUAAACCUAAGCGACGCAAACGAUACCCCAAGAAGCUCAACUUUGGCAAUACCAUGUAUGUGGGUGGAGUUCCAGAAAAUGGGAUACUUCUGCCAGACCUAUUGCUACAAAAACUGGAAGGCUUCAAGGGAUGUCUGCGAGGACUGGCAAUAAAUCAGCAAAGCCAGAACUUAUCAGGACAUAAAGUGGGACAGUGCUUUCCUUUGGUGGAGAAGGGUUCAUAUUUUCCUGGUGAUGCUUAUGCAGUUUAUGAGGAAAAGUUCCAUGUUGGUUCACAGUUGGAGUUGCAGCUAGAGUUCCGUACCUCAGAGAAUACAGGAGUGCUACUGAGUGUAUCAGAGCCUAAUGGGUACCCAGCUCUCUCCCUUGAAAUCAAUGAUGGAAAAGUGAUUAUGACUGGUGACAUGGGGAACCAACGCCCAUUCCAUGUGGAGCAAGGAUUUCCAUCACGAUUCACUGUAUGUGACAACAGAUGGCAUCAUGUGAAGGCAUUUUUUGAAAAUGAUGUGCUGAAUCUUAGGGUUGAUAAUUUUGCUACAGCGUAUGGUCAUUCAGGCAAUGGGAUAUUUACUGAAGCAAGCACCAAUAGCCCUUUGUAUAUAGGUGGACUACCUGAGGGUGCACCCAGUGGCACAUUAGGAACAAGAGAUAACUUCAAGGGCUGCAUCCGUAAUGUGGUUAUUGGUAAGAAACCCAAAGACUGGACAGACAUGGCAAGUCUGAACAACAUUCUCCUCAGUUCAUGUCCAGUGAGCUCAUAGUUUUUAUACCAAGUCUUGCCAUCAUCAUGGUGACUUGUGAGUUUCAGAGUGAUGAAGAAUAUUGGGUCUAAAAACAUUUGCAUGACCUAUACUACUGGUUGUGCAUCAGACUAUACACCAGUGAUGUGGUAAAAUAAAAUCAGAAUAAAUUUAAAUGAAAGAACAACACAGUGAUAGAACUGGUUCUUUUUGUCUUGGUUAAGAAGCUGGCAGACUUGAAGCUAUGAGUAACAGUGCCAAUCAGUUGAGGAAAGAAGUGCGUGAAUAAAGUCGAGUAUAUGAAGAUGGCUGUCUUCUAUGUUGUGAUGUGUAGUCUGGUAGUUUGCUGACUUUUCAGAGGGCAGUGGGUAAUGAUGGAGGUAGCAAGCACCUCUGAAACAUCGGUAAACUUUUACCAGACUGCACAGUGCAACAACCCAUCUUCUUACUCACCACUAUAAGGACCUGAAAUCUUAUCAGUGAAGAACUAUAGUUCUAUAAAUCCUCAACCAAUUUUUCCAUCUUCAGUCUAAGUGAAGUUCUUGUUAAUUUACUAAAUCUGCUUCAAAAAUAGUCUGUUUUCACAAAACGUUAUUAAAUGGUUUGAGCAAGUUUUGAAACCACUCUCUUCAACUAAGCUUAUCAGGUGAACUAAACUUGAUUGACACUACUAAUUUCUGUUCAGCAAAAUACCGCUGACAUACAUACCGAAGAGUGGCAUUUUAACCACUGUAUAUGAUUUACUUUUAUUUUGAUGACACAUUUUAUGAAUUUGAACAUAUGGUAUAAUGUAACCAUGUUGGUGUUACAUGCAUUUAUAGUAAGAAAGAAGAUUUUUAUAUUUGGAUUACAGAAAACACUGAAGACAAACUUGAUUUAUGACUUAGCACUGCCAUGUAAAAUACAACAUUUGUGGUACAAAGCUUUAUCACGGGCCAAUCACUGUUAUAAGGAUUGGUACACAGUAUAAUUGAUUGAUUAGUAUAAGUGAAGGUGAGUGCAUAUGAUUCCUAAUUAAGAGGAAUGUUAUUAGAAUAAAGUAAUUUAUUCUUUUGAAGAGCUCUCCUUGGGACUGGUCAUAUUUUAAGUCAACACACUGCAGUUGAUAAAAUCAACUGGAUAUAUCAGAUCAUGUAAUCUGUUUACUUACCAGUCCCAUUUGUAUAUUUAUUAAGUUCAUGAAAUAAUAAUAAGAGUUCAUACAACUCACAAUGUUCUUACUUAUGUUGGAAGUACCUGAAGUGUUUCAUAACCCACUUCAAUCACUGCCUGAAACAGAGAAAUGCAGAUGUUUCAUCAUCACCAUCAUCAUAGGUUAGAAGUGAAGGGUGAUUGUUCUGAUGUGUGAUACUCCACAGAAAUGUGAGUCCUGUGGUAAUAAUGUGCCUUUUUGUGGCUAUAUAUUUUAUGUUUUCUAAUUUUGUAAACAUUUUCAAUUUAAAAGAAAAGUAAAAAUGUCAAUUAUGAUAUAACUUAUUAUUUACUAAUUUGAUGUCUUCAAGAACUUAAUCUAUUAAAUUAAUAAAAGUAAAUGAUACUGACAAGGUGUAACAUAACAUAGUAAAUUAUAGUAAUUGGUUGUAGCUGUACUUAAAUUACUGUAAAUAUAUCUGACUGAUAGGAUAGUUAUUUUUUUUAAUAUGUAGAUGAUCAACUUAGUCACAAAUUUGUAUAUUACUCUGUCACUAAUAUGCCAAAAGGAUACUUGAUCUCACUUUAUAGGUGAUGAGCAAAGAAUCUAUUAUGUAAAUGACCAGAAUUAUUGAAAUCUGAAGUUUUCAUGACAGAUAAAAUUUUGAUUGUGCUCUUGGUUAUAAUCCCAUGUAGUCUUGAAAGUGAUUACUAAUGUUGUGGAUGAACUUGUCAUCUCCAUCAUCAGGGCAUAAAUAAAGAUGAAGACAGGAAGUGUUGGUAAACACCUAUACGACUAUGAAGCAUCAUAACCUAGGACACCAGUCCAACCCUAUAAUAUAUUUAGAGGGUAAUUGUUAGCUUUAUUCUGCAUGUUCCACUUUCAACAGCAUUUUUAACCUGGUCUCUCACUCUGAGGGUUUUUGAGAAGGUGGUUCUAAAGAGCAUAUUUGGAUCUAAGAGAGAGGAAGUACCAGGAGGAUUGAGAAAAUAAAAAGGGAGAAGCUUCAAAAUUUUAACUCAUGAAAUUAUUAGGGUCAUAAAAUCAAGGAAUGGGUGGGGACCCUUAGACUUAGGUAUUACAUAGAAUUAUAAUAUUAAAAUGGAUCGUAAAUACGGUGUAAAUUGGAUUAAUCUGGCUCAGGAUACAGAACAGUAGUAAGUUCUUGUGGACAUGGUCAUGAACCUUCACUUUCCAUGAAUGGUUGGGAACUACUUGUUAUCUUCUCAAGGACCCUGCUCCACAUAGUUAAUGAGUCAGAUAUGGGCUACAUGAUUUUCCUUUAUUUCCUGGAAAUGUCUCAGUGCAAUAUAGUUAUGCAUAAAGGAACUACAAUAAAAAUGUACUUAUACCAAUACCAGUACCAAAAUGUACCAUCAUACAUAAGAAUAAGAGACUGUUAAAAAGUGCUUUGUGGCUUAAAAUAAAAUUAUCUGGAGGUAA